AGCCAUACAAGGCUUGAUUAAUUUUCACUUGACAGACCAACACUUUCCUAAAAAAUAUUGAGCUCUGCUAGGUUGACAGAGUUGGAGACAGGGGAAUAAACAUGAGUUGAGGUGAAUACAAAUCAAAUCAAGGGUCGAGGUGCUGUUUAUUUUUUCUGUCACCAGCCUGUCACUUUAGCAUCAGUGAGAAAUAUUACAGUAGUUCUCACUCAUUCAAUUCUUUCAUCCUCGCUCAUCUGACUUUUCUCUUGUUAUCUCCUUCCUUUUUUGAACUUUUCUUUGCCAGAAGCAUAAAAGAAAAGAAUCUUCAUUCUCAUAUCAUUAAAAUUUUGCGGAUUUUUCAUUCUGAUAUCCUUAGAUUUUUUGUGGGUUUUCCGAAAAAGUGAAAAUUAUGGAGUCUGCAGCAAGUUCUGAUACUUCGAAUUCUGAUUCAUGGCCUUAUUCAUCAAGCAAUCGAGAAAAUUCCAGAAUCCCUUUUUCUCCCCUUCGGUUCUUCAAUUCCCCUGUUUCAUCCCUACUCGAAUAUUCCGGGAUCCUCCGGGUACGACCAGAUUUCCACUCCGAUGCCCAGCCCCUUAUGUCUGAAGCCACCAACAAUCCUGUUACAAUCAAUGAGAAUAGUCUGAAUAGUACUAGUAAUAGUAAUGAUAACAAUGGGGAGGUUGCUAUUCGGAUAAUCGGGGCAGGGGAGCAGGAUAGAAUCGGGAUUGUUGACAAUAGAGGAGAGAGUGAACAAGCAGGCUUGGGUUUGGGUUUGGAGGAGCCUACGGGGGAUUUUGUUGAUGAUAAUUAUGGUGGCAGCGGUAGUAGUAAUGAUACCAACAGGGAAACGUCAUCUUCUCAAAGAUAUGAUAUACAGCAGGCUGCGAGGUGGAUUGAGCAGAUUCUUCCCUUCGCUUUGCUUUUAUUGAUGGUUUUCAUCCGCCAGCACUUGCAAGGUUUCUUUAUUACAAUUUGGAUCACUGCUGGCUUGUUCAAGUCUAAUGACAUUCUUCGGAAACAGACAGCUCUAAAGGGAGAGAGAAAGAUUUCCGUGCUUGUUGGUUAUUCAUUUGCCUUCAUACUUCAUGUAUCUGGAAUCUACUGGUGGUGUCGGAAUGAUGAUAUUUUCUACCCUCUAUUCAUGGUUCCUCCAAAGGUUAUCCCACCUUUCUGGAAUGCAAUUUUUAUCACCUUGGUAAAUGAUACAAUGGUGCGGCAGGCUGCAAUGGUCUUGAAGUUGGUUCUGCUAAUGUAUUAUAGGAAUGGCAAGGGCCAUAAUUUCCGCAGACAGGGUCAAAUGUUGACACUAAUUGAGUACAUGCUGCUUCUAUACCGAGCACUUUUACCAACCCCUGUAUGGUAUAAAUUCUUCUUGAACAAAGAAAAUGGAAGCCUCUUCUCAUCAUUGACAACAGGGUUGUAUUUAACUUUCAAGCUUACAUCAAUUGUUGAAAAGGUCCAAUCCUUCGUUGCUGCCUUGAAGGCAUUAUCGAGAAAGGAAGUUCAUUAUGGGUCUUAUGCGACAUCGGAAGAGGUGAAUUCCGUAGGAGAUCUGUGUGCUAUAUGCCAGGAGAAGAUGCAUGCCCCUAUCUUGUUGCGCUGUAAACAUAUCUUCUGUGAAGACUGUGUUUCAGAAUGGUUUGAAAGGGAGAGAACUUGCCCUUUGUGCAGGGCUCUUGUUAGACCUGCUGAUCUUCGAUCAUUUGGGGACGGGUCAACCAGUCUUUUCUUCCAAUUAUUCUAAUACUCGUACUGUUUCUGAGCAACUUCUAUCCCACAGUGGUUUCUUCUUGACCUGCUUUGCAAGAAUCAAAGCAUUUCUCCUGAGGGGUUGCUUUGUAGGAUUGUGGCAUUAUUGGAUCUCCCUCGGGAAGAUUUCUACAAGGGAGCUACACAAAUUGGAUGUGGAUUGGCAUUAUAUUUAUACUAUGUAUAUGCAAAUAGGUUCAAUGUAACUGUGGUGCCAUGACUUGCUGAGAAAUCUUGAUACAUGAGAGGAACUCUUGAUUCCGUCUCAUAUGUGUUGUUUUUGGUUUUUAAAAUAAUGGUAAGUUCUUUUUUUAAUGUGGUGGUGUUUUCCUAGCAUUAAGUGUUCUUAACAAACACUUGCACUCUAAUCUUCAGACUAUUCGAAAUGGACGAAGUAUCCGUGUCAACA